AAACUUUUGGCGAUGCUGAGACCCAAUGAAAAGGAAUUCUCUUUCUGAAUCUCCUGGUACAUUUAAUUUUCAUUUCAAAUUAGUUUUUCCUCAAUUACCGUCAUGUCGGAGCCUACCGUAGCAGAUUCGAGACGUCAUCCCGCCCAUAAAGUUUUUGAAGAACUUGGGCUUGUUUCGCUCUAUCGAUCGACCAAAGAUGUCAAGAUCCUUUGCGCACAGAGAUUCAUCCGUCUUUUUGCCUACGGCGGAUCUACCUUAGUUCUUGUAGCCUAUUUGCGAGAACUUGGCGUAUCGACAACCCGCGUCGGCUUGUUCAUGACAUUGACGUUGGUUGGUGAUAUCAUCAUUAGCUUCCUGCUUGCGCUAUUUGCUGAUGGCGUUGGCCGACGCGCGGUCUUGGCUUUGGGGGCAAUCUUGAUGACUGCGAGUGGGAUUGUGUUUGCUACCUCUAGUAAUUACUGGAUUUUGCUUGCUGCUGCAAUCUUGGGUGUUAUUAGUCCUGGUGGCAACGAAAUUGGACCCUUCCGUGGUGUUGAGGAGAGCAUCAUUGCACAUCUAACUGAUGCUGCCAGACGAGGCGAUGUCUAUGCUUGGUACAGUCUCUCCGGUACGGCUGGCGGUGCCUUUGGUCUUUUGACCUGCGGUUGGAUUAUUCACCAUAUGCGCGUCAACCUCGGCAUGGAUGUUGUUGCAGUGUAUCGCGACGUGUUCUAUGGCUACUCGGUGAUGGGUGUGCUGAAGCUGAUCUCGGCCAUCAUCUUGAGCUCUGCAGUUGAAGUUCACCAUGAGCAUGAGCAAGAAUCACCAGCAAACAACGGCGAACAAGCACCCCUGCUUCCCGAUAAUACUCAAGCUCAAACCUCGGAUCAGCCCCAGCCCAAGAAGCAGCUUCGAGCUCGAAUUUCUCGCGAGAGUAUCCCGACUGUCGUGACCCUUUGCACUCUGUUGGCCUUGGAUAGCUUUGCUUCAGGAUUGGCUCCUCUCUCAUGGAUCACUUACUACUUCAAAUCUUACUACCAUAUCGAGGAAGGGAAGCUAGGUUCUAUUUUUUUCACCACGAGCAUCAUCGCUGCUGCAUCUAUGCUGGUUGCAUCUUCCCUUGCCAAGCGAUUCGGCAAUGUUCGAACUAUGGUAUUUACUCACCUUCCAUCAGCGGUCUUCUUGGCCCUGGUCCCCAUCCCCAACGACGUCCACCUAUCGGUUCUCUUCCUCAUUCUCCGAUCUUGCACUCAAUCAAUGGAUGUUGCACCCCGCUCAGCAUUCCUCGCCGCUAUAAUCAAACCGAAGGAGCGAACCGUCGUUAUUGGCCUUAUCAACGUAGCAAAAACGACAUCUCAGAGCCUUGGACCGCUCAUCACAGGACUUCUCGCAGAUUCGAACUACUUCUGGGUCUCAUUCAUCAUGGCUGGAUCUUUGAAGGUCUGUUAUGACUUGGGAUUCCUUGGUCUCUUCAAGCAUCACGAACAUGUGGAAGCAAAGAGAAACCACGAGGAAGAGGGAAGCCAGUGAUUUACAAGCUUGGUACUCGGUGUUUGAUCGGGUCAAGAAAGAAAUGUAAUUAGGUAUUAAACUCUUAGUGGUAAAAGCGAUAGGGAGGCUUGAGGGUCAUCUAUACAACCAUGAAUGUAUUUAUGUUCAAGCAAAGCAACGUUGCUCAUCUUUCUAGUACAUAUUCCCUCCCAAAGCCUCCGCAUUAAUAUGUGAUCUCUCACCGACAGACUUCUUCACGACUACAACAAGCUCAUCAAGCGUGCCUAAAAAUCUCACAAAGGCAUAAACAGCUGCUGACCAAUGUCUUCCUUCUUGCUUCGCCAAGUAUUCCUUGGAGUUACCCUCGUCUUGAAAGUCUCCCCGCAACCUCCUAAACUGGAUCGCCCGGCCCACCAAAGGCGUAGGCAAGAUUGCCGGAAGAGGCUCUCCAGAUAUCAAAGAAUGCUGAAGAAGGGUCAUGGUUGACAUCAGGUCAGCGAUCAGGUUUUCGUCGCCUGCACUCACACGAUAAAAGAACCUCUCGCGGACUGGAAAUGGUAGCUUCGUGGCGGUCAAGCUGAAUUGUGCUAGGAAGACGUUGAGGUUGUUGCAAAGAUGAUUGGCGCGGCUGAGCGUUUCAGUAUCGAUGUUUGAAGUAGAGAACUCAAACUUGGUCUUCAGAAUUGGAAGAGCGAUGGAGUUUAGCAGCUCUUCGGUGGUGGUAGCCUGCUUCUCGAUGACCUCGACGAAAUCGUCAGGAGGCGAGCGCCAGACUGAAAUCAGAAGGGCAUAGCGGUCUCUGAUGCUCGACAACUGGCUGGAUAAGAUUUGUCGAUAAUGUCUGUUUCCAGAAAGGGGUCGCGGAAGAAGCGCAACAAGGACGGCUGCGCCAAAACCGAUGAGGACAAGAAGGAUUCGCCGCCAGAAGACCUCGUAUCCGACUCCGGGAUUACCAUAGCUAGGGAUAUGCGUAUCGACCCAACUAUACGACAUGACCAUGUACAUCGUUGAUGUAAGCAUGAUACCUGCAGCCAUAUGCUGCGGCGGAGCAAACAACCUCCACCACAUCAUACCAAUGAUAGCGACUGCCAUGAUGGCAGCUAGACCGUAUGGGUUUCCAGGGCCAUUGCCGGAUCCGAUGUACCAGCACAGAAGACCCAGGAUACCUCCGGCGACGGUACCAAGAGUACGAAUGAGAAUCCCAGAUGUAAAGUCAGACAUGUAAGGUUCGAGAGCCAUCUGGGCCAUGAUCAGAGCCCAUAAUCCCUUCUCGCGAUAGUAGAAGCCAGCUGAUGAUGGUAUGACUGCAGGAACGGCGAGUGCAAUAGUCAGGACCAGAGCACGAAGAGCGUGUAGACCCUCGACACCCGUGAAGAAGUUGAUGAGCGCCAAGAAGAUCAGACUCGAUUUGCUUCGUCGACGGCUCGUGGGCUGCUGCAUACUUUCCAAAAUGGCGGCUGUUGUUCUUGCCCCUUCAGGGUCUUCCUUUUCCUUUCGCUUCUUCCUGAAGAGACCUCGCUUCUUCUCGGGUUUGGAAAUGAUGGACAUCGUUCGGGUGAGAUCGUUAGAGUUGGGAAUCGUGGAAGGCGGUGCAUCUUGGGACAGACCGAGCGUGAAAAUGUGCUGGAGGCCUUUUGGUAGCCAUACUCGCUUCGAUGUUCGAACCCUCUCAACCUCGAUAGCUCUUUCGAGAACUCCCCCAAUAUUCUUGGUCAGGUUGAUGAGCCGUUCCUGGUAUAGAAGACCAGACAUCAAGCCAAGCAUAGGAGGUGCGCGGUGAUCAUUGUAGAUAACCUUGCCGUUAGCGUCAAAAAGAUGGGCGUGAGGGGCGAUGAGUUGCUCUGCAGCCGUAUCUUCGAAGUCUUCGAGCGCUUCUUGCAGCGAUGCAAGGAUAUGCUCAUGUUGACUGAUUGUGUCGUUUUGAGAAGCU